AUGAAUCCACUGAUUGCUGCUGCUUCUGUUAUCGCUGCUGGGUUGGCCGUCGGGCUUGCUUCUAUUGGACCUGGAGUUGGUCAAGGCACAGCUGCAGGGCAAGCUGUAGAGGGGAUUGCGAGACAACCGGAAGCAGAGGACAAAAUACGGGGUACUUUAUUACUUAGUUUGGCUUUUAUGGAAGCUUUAACUAUUUAUGGGCUGAGAAUCUUGAGAACUAUUCGAAAUUCAGAAGAACUCCGGGAAACAGCCAUUGAACAGCUGGAAAAAGCCCGGGCCCGUUUAAGGAAAGUAGAAAUGGAAGCAGAUCGGUUUCGAGUGAAUGGUUAUGCCGAGAUAGAACGAGAAAAAUUGAAUUUAAUUAAUUCAAUUUAUACAAGUUUGGAACAAUUCGAAAAUGACAAAAAUAAAACCAUUCAUUUUGAACAACAAAGGGCGAUUAAUCAAGUCCAACAAAGUGUUUUACAACAAGCAUUACAAGGAGCUCUGGGAACUCUUAAUAGUUGCUUAAACAACGAGUUACAUUUACGUACGAUCGGUGCUACUAUUGGUAUGUUUGGGUCGAUGAAAGCAAAAAAUAACUGA